AUUAGGGUUUAUGAACGAUAUAAAAGCCAAAAAAGCAACUAAGUUUUUGCUUGAAUUGUUUGAUUUAAUUCAGAAUCCAUGGCAAAGAAACAAUGGGGUUGGAUUCAGGCUACUUCUGUUGAUCGGAUUUCAUACCUGCCCGACGGGAUCCUUCAUCAGAUAUUGUCUUACCUUCACAUAAAGGUUGUUGCUCGAACCAGUGUGUUGUCCAAGAGAUGGCAGCAUCUAUGGUACUCUUUUCCCGUUUUUGAUUUCGCUCAGUAUGAGUUCUAUGAUCCUCGAAAACGCAUGGAUGAUUUAGAGACGUUCACUGAUAUUGUGGAUGGCAAACUAAAAUCGUUUUGCAAAUACGAGCAUGCGAUUCAGAGAUUCAAUUUGCAAUUCAGCUGUAUUGAGCCAGAGUACUAUUGCCUUGUUGACAAAUAGAUGAGACUGGUCAUAAAAAGACAUGUUAGGGAGCUAACCUUCUACGCAAACUUACCAUACACAAUAAAUACCUACAGUUUAC